UCUUCCUCACAAAGAAAGAAAACUAGAAAACAGAAGCAAAGACCAGAGAGACAGAGAGAGAGAGAGAGGAAAAAAGCUUUGCAGCGACUAUGGCGAGCGGCGGCAUGACGAAGAAGGAGAUCGGCGAGAGCCACGACGUGCUCCGAUUCGGCGUCAACGACAGCGUCAGGGGCGACCUCGCGCCGCCGCACCCGCUCCAGGCCACCAUCCAAUCGGAGACCAAGUUCUGGGACGACAAGAAGAAGUUUGGGACGGAAGCCAUCUACGGAUCCGCCUUCAACAUCCGCAAGGAUCUCGACGCCCAAAUCCUCUCCAGGUUCCAGAGGCCCCCAGGUGCAUUACCAUCAUCUAUGCUAGGAUAUGAGGCAAUGACAGGUUCCUUGGAUGAUUUUGGAUUUGAAGACUAUCUUAACAUGCCCCAAGAAUCUGACAGCCUUCGUAUACCGGACAUGCACCACGGGAUGGAGGUUCGCCUUGGUCUGUCGAAAGGACCUAUUUGCCCUAGUUUCAAUUGAUUCCACCCAUGUAUUUCUCUUGCAAUACGUUGUGCUCCUCAUCCAGCAUCUGUAUCGGUCUUUAGAUCGUACUGUGGAUUGGUGAAAAGUGAGAACUAAUGGGUAUUUGCAUCAGUUUGAAUUGCUUAACUUUAUAUUUAAUGCCAUCCUAUUUGACUCUGUUUCUGGGCAUUCAAGCAAUUGACCUCUUUCAUGAAAUUUGGUAA